UCGGUGGUACGACAAUUGAACAACACGAGCUAACAGGCUACUGUCAACUCGUAGUCACUUGUUAUACCUUUAAGAGUAUUAUGCAGGAAAACAGUCUUGCAGCAUUAGGAAUAUCUAAUUGGAAACGUGAAUAAUGGAAACACGGGGGAUAGAGCAGAUGUUUGACUUCCAACGGUUGCCAAACGAUGCAUUGAUUUUAGUAUUGCUGCUGCUGUAUUCCCCAAUUGGCCUUUGUCUGAUGCUACUACGAAUAUUUAUUGGCGUCCAUGUGUUCCUCGUGAGCUGUGCUCUCCCAGACAGUCUACUUAGAAGAUUCAUAGUAAGGGUAAUGUGCUCCGUGCUUGGCAUGCAUGUAAGACAGAACAAUCCUCGUCUAAGAGACAGAAAUGCAAAACUGUACGUGUGCAAUCACGUGACCCAGUUUGACCACAACAUUAUCAACCUCCUGACCUCCUGCAACACACCUUUAUUGGAGGGCUCAGCUGGGUUUGUGUGCUGGGCCCGGGGCUUUAUGGAGCUGGGUACUGUGGUGUCAAGUCGAGCAGAGCUUGCAGAAACUCUGCGGAGGUACUGCUCAGCUUCCGAAGCCCUUCCUCUCUUACUCUUCCCUGAGGAAGACACAACUAAUGGUCGAGCGGGUCUCCUUAAGUUCAGCUCCUGGCCUUUCUCAAUAGUAGACUCAGUUCAGCCAGUAGCCUUGUGGGUGAAGAGGCCUUUCCUGGCAGUGAACACACCAGAUUCUUCAUGGUUGACAGAAUUGCUGUGGACGUUUUUUGUCCCAUUCACAGUGUACCAAGUAAGAUGGCUUCCCACUGUGUCCAGACAAGAAGGAGACUCGCAUCAGGAUUUUGCUAACAAAGUACAAGAGCUUCUGGCUACUGAGCUUGGUGUAGUGUCAACUCAGAUCACCAAAGCAGACAAAGCAGAGCACAUCAAAAGGAAAAGACACACAGUCACACAAACAGCAAACUCAAAUCUAGGUGCAAGACACCGCACAGUUACUUUGGGUUUCAUGGCUCCCAGCUCGAGUGCGGAGGAUCCCAGAGUGAGCAGGAUGGCUCAGCAGGUGAAAGAAGUGCUUCCCGACAUCCCAAUCAGCGUCAUUACCAGAGAUAUACUGAGAACAAAUUGUGUGGACACAACCAUCACCAAUCUGCUAGAGAGCACUGAGGAAUUCCACACAGAGGUAUCGGGGGGAGCAGCUUCAGGGCCAGCUAGAUCACACUCUUCCUCCUCUUCCUCAGCCUCUGCUUCUGCUCCAGCCCCUGCCAUUAAGCCGACUGCCAAAUCUUUUGGAAAAUCGCCAAUAGAAAGACACAUGUCCCUACAAGAAAGAAAAGAGGCCUUGUAUGAGUAUGCAAGAAGACGCUACAUUGAGAAACAUGGACUGAGUCAAGAGGACCUCUGAGUGUAGAAGACGGACAUUUUGAAAAUUCUUUUGGAAACAUAGAUAUUGAUAUCAAAUUGUGUGGCGAUGAAACAAAUAUAUUGACUUAACAGCAACAUUCUUGUUCACCACAUACGGAAAGAGGAUCGACUUAUGGGAUUUCAAUGGGUUUUGUUUUGUUUUUUUUUAUCUUCUUGCAUGGCAAUCAUGCAUGUCUUUUAAUUUUUUCUCUCUUCCAAAAAAGAAAGAUUAUUUUGGUAACAGUUUAUAUUCAGACCCAGUGACAGUGAAACAUCUCAUAUUUUUAUAAAGUCCGAAAGCAAAAAGCAGGGUUCAGCUUUGUUCAGUUUCAGCUAAUAUACAUCCUGAGGUUCAUUGUUGUAAGGAUACAUGUUGAUGCAGAAUCUGCUUUUAAGUACAUUAAAGAUUAUGUAA